AUGAUACUCAUUUUUCCGCUGCUCUGGGCCUUGGUCCUGCCCGCCUUGGCCGUGUACGUGCCGCCCGGGCCACGGUUCAGGUGUCCCAGAGAAGUUAAGUACAUCUACCCCUGCGUGUGUCUUCGAGGCAGCGACAGGGGUCUUUAUAUACGCUGCGAGAACACCAACUUGGCUAGCCUGAGCUUGGCCUUCUCGAAUCUGGGCAACGAGGGAAUGCCUAUCGAGGAACUUGUCUUGUACAGAUGUAACAUAGGACGCUUCUAUGGACCGGCGCUCUAUCCCCUGGACGUCCGGGUAUUGAGUUUCAUCGACACACCAUUGAGACUAAUCGAGGAGCACAGCUUCCUCGGCGUGAACCGCACGCUCCAGGAGCUGUACGUAAUAAACAGCACCCUGGAGAAGUUCCCCCGCGAGGCGCUGCACAUCCUGGGGAACCUCAGCAUCCUCAGCAUUGCGGGCCACCGCAUGUCCACCUUGCCAGCUGAUGGAUUCGCGGAGAGCGCCGCUGCCGCGAAAAUCGAGAAACUGGAGAUUAGUAACGGAACUCUAACUUCACUGCCCGUCGACGUUUUCGCGCCUCUGAAGAAGCUGAAGCGAUUGGAUCUGCACGGGAACGAGAUCAAAGAGCUGAAACGAAACCAGUUCAAGGGGUUGAGGGACACCGAGUACUUGGACCUGUCCCACAAUCAGAUUAACAAGCUGGACGGUUCUCACCUGGCCGAUCUGACGAAGAUGGGCUGGUGUAACAUGUCCCAUAACGCGAUCUCUGACUUGAAGAGAGGAACGUUCGCGAGGAACUCAUUGCUAAAGGUGUUAAACCUCAGUCACAAUAAAAUCAGGAAACUGGACUCGAACACUUUCCGCGGAAUGCGUUUCUUGAUCAGAUUGUUUUUGAGCGACAACCAGAUCAACGACGUCGGUCGAGGGACUUUCGGUCCAGUAACAAGGAUAGGAACCAUCGACUUGGCCAGGAAUUUUAUCAAAAAGAUAGACUUCCAGAUGUUCAAUCAGCUUCAGUUCGCUGAGGUUUUGGAUGUGUCGGAAAAUUUUGUUACGGUCAUAGAGAAAUUGUCUUUCAAAGAUCUCUACCUGGCAAAGAUCAAUCUGUCUCAUAACGAGAUCUCAAAGAUAGAACCGGGGGCGUUCGAGAACUGCGUGAACAUGACGGUGUUGGACCUGAGUCACAACAAAUUGGAGAAUAUUUCUAAAUAUUCUUUCGAUAGCGCGACUUACGCUACCGAAUUACAAUUGAGCUACAACCAGUUCACUUCCUUGGUUCAGGUACCGCUGCACAACAUGACAGGUCUGAAAGUUUUGAACGUUUCCCAUAAUUUGAUACACUCAGUGCCACGUCAGACGUUCCCGAAGCUGUACGAGCUGCAUACGAUCGAUCUAUCCCAUAACAACCUGUCAGAGAUCCACAACGCUGUUUUUCAAACUCUGUUCAGCCUUAGGUUCUUAAACCUGUCGUACAAUUCCAUGGAGAAGAUCAAACCGUCCACGUUUGGUCCUUUGCCAACGCUUCUCGAGCUGGACAUGAGUCAUAAUCAAUUGAACGAUGUUGCUAGGGGUAGUUUAACCAGGUUACCUAGCUGCAGGACCUUGACAGUCAAGAACAAUCGCUUGACAAAGAUCUUCCAGCUACCAAUCUCUUUAGCGUCGCUAGACUUUUCGGAAAACUUGUUGGAGGAGAUACCAACAACGGAAGUAUGGCCAUCAAUGAACGCCCUGCUUUAUCUGGAUCUCUCCAAAAACCGAUUAGGAGAUAACUUGAAGUACGGUAGCUUCGAGAAUCUGCUAACCCUGAGGUCUUUGUACCUGCAAUCGAACAACAUCACGAAGCCACCGUGGGAAGCGCUCAGCACCCUCAGCAGUUUGCAAUAUCUCCAUCUACAGGAUAACCAGCUAACAGAGCUGGGAAAAGCCGCGUUUGGUCGCUUGCCUAUAGUGUUCGAGCUGAAUCUAGCUGACAAUCAAAUAUGGAACGUGAGCAGUCGAGCUUUCGAAGGGCUGCUGCAGCUACUCACGUUGAACCUGACGAACAAUAAUCUGGCUCACAUUCCAAAUGGAGCGUUCCAAGGCCUCGUGUCCCUGAGGACUCUCGAUUUGUCUCGGAAUAAGCUGGAGAGCCUGGACAACAAGACCCAUGGUCUCCUGGAUGAUUGCUUGUCCCUGGAGAGAGUCAAUCUGAGUCACAACAAGAUCUCCUUCAUCACCAAGAAAACCUUCCCGAACGAUCCGUGGAUUCCCUACAGGUUGAAGGAGAUCGAUCUCUCGUACAACACGAUGCCUGUGUUGACUUUCGAAUUGACAAUCGGCGCGAAGAAGGUUCAAGUGCUGAACAUCAGUCACAACAACAUCAAUGAUAUACGAAGAUACGUGAUUGGAAAUCUGACGGCCGUACAGACCCUGGAUCUCUCUCACAAUGAGAUCAACGACCUCUCCGAACCGGACAUCUUCGACCCACCUGCGAAUCUGACCAAUCUGCAUCUGAGUCACAAUCAUCUGAGUCAUAUACCCUUGAACAAGAUCCUGCCGCUGCCUAAUUUGAAGGUCCUCGACGUGAAGUCUAACGUCAUCGGCGUGUUUGACGACGCUUUUAUGAAGAUCAUAAAAAACGGGACCAGGCUCGAGUUCUCUGGUAAUCCGUUGCACUGUGACUGUUACGCGAGACCCCUGAAGAGGUGGCUGAACACGCACACGGAAGUCCCAAGGGAAUGGUCCAACGUCACUUGCCAGAGUCCACAUUUCCUAACUAAUAAACUCAUCACCGAAAUUACAGAAGAUUUAAUGGGCUGCGGGGAGAGGGAGACGAAGGAAUACCCUGAAUACGACAUCACUCCAGAUGUUAAAUACAGGAACAUCGAAUACAACGAGGACGACAAGAGCUGGAAAGCGACCUGGUACGUGACAUCGAGGGAAGACAUCGGCGAUUUUUACGUGGUGGUCCGAGAAACGGGUAGCAGCAGAUCUGCGAUUGAAAAGGACUUAGUCUACAGCGAGCGGUCCUUCAGGAUCCAAGACCUCCAGGACUCCAGGUCAAAAUACGAGCUCUGCGUUCUCGCUCGGGACUCCGAGGGGAACGUGAAGCACUUCCGCAGCUCUCAGUGUCAGAUCCUAACCCAGAACGCAUUCGACUCGUCCACGAGUUUCGCGGUGAGCGUGCCCCUGAUUCUAAUCGCCGUGUCCUUCGGCAUCCUGGCGUGAUGAGAGAAAAACGGAGAAGCGGUGAAUUAUUUUUCUCGCGACCGUGUUCCAGCGGAGCACCGCGCGAACCCGGCUAUG